CUGAAAGGAAAAUGGAGCAAGAAGCCUAGUCUGAGGGGUAGCCCUCACCCCUCUGACCGAGGUCCUGCCGUUUUCACUGCCAGGAGCCUCUUUUUUUCUCCGGAUCUACUGCGUUCGAGCGCCCCGUCGGCCAGGGCCCUGCGAGUGGAAUGGUCGCCAAGGCCCGGGGCGUCGGGCUUCCGCGCGCCCGGUGACGGAAACUGGGGAGCCUCGGGGGACCCCCCCAACUCCGACUCCAGUCGCGGAAAACCCCAGUUAGUGAGCAUCAGGCAAAUGUGCAAUACCAGCAUGUCUGUGUCUACUGAUGGUGCUGUAAGCACCUCACAGAUUCCAGCUUCGGAACAAGAGACCCUGGUUAGACCAAAGCCAUUGCUUUUGAAGUUGUUGAAGUCUGUUGGUGCACAGAAGGACACUUAUACUAUGAAAGAGGUUAUAUUUUAUCUUGGCCAGUAUAUCAUGACUAAACGAUUAUAUGAUGAAAAACAACAACAUAUUGUGUAUUGUUCAAAUGAUCUUCUAGGAGAUUUGUUUGGAGUCCCAAGCUUCUCUGUGAAGGAACACAGGAAAAUAUAUACAAUGAUCUACAGAAAUUUGGUAGUAGUCAGUCAGCAAGAACCAUCAGAUUCAGGCACAUCUAUGAGUGAAAACAGGUGUCACCUUGAAGGUGGGAGUAAUCAAAAGGACCUUGUGCAAGAGCUACAGGAAGAGAAACCUUCAUCUUCAGAUAUGGUUUCUAGACCAUCUACCUCAUCUAGAAGGAGAGCAGUUAGUGAGACAGAAGAAAAUUCAGAUGAAUUACCUGGUGAACGACAGAGAAAGCGCCACAAAUCUGAUAAUAUUUCCCUUUCCUUUGAUGAAAGCCUUGCUCUGUGUGUAAUAAGGGAGAUAUGUUGUGAAAGAAGCAGUAGCAGUGAAUCAACAGGAACUCCAUCAAAUCCGGAUCUGGAUGCUGGUGUAAGUGAACAUUCAGGUGAUUGGUUGGAUCAGGAUUCAGUUUCAGAUCAAUUCAGUGUAGAAUUUGAAGUUGAGUCUCUUGAUUCAGAAGAUUAUAGCCUCAGCGAAGAAGGACAAGAACUCUCGGAUGAAGAUGAUGAGGUAUAUCGAGUUACUGUGUAUCAGGCAGGCGAGAGUGAUACAGAUUCAUUUGAAGAAGAUCCUGAAAUUUCCUUAGCUGACUAUUGGAAGUGUACUUCAUGCAGUGAAAUGAAUCCUCCCCUCCCACCUCACUGCAACAGAUGUUGGGCCCUUCGUGAAAAUUGGCUUCCUGAAGAUAAAGGAAAAGAUAAAGGGAAUAUGUCUGAGAAAGCCAAACUAGGAGACUCGAUGCAAGAAGACGAGGGCUUUGAUGUCCCUGACUGUAAGAAAUCUACAGUCAGUGAUUCCAGAGAAUCAUGUGUUGAAGAAAAUGAUGAUAAAAUCACACAAGCCUCUCUAUCUCAAGAAAGUGAGGACUAUUCUCAGCCAUCGACUUCUAAUAGCAUCAUUUAUAGUAGCCAAGAAGAUGUCAAAGAGUUUGAGAGAGAAGAAACACAAGACAAAGAAGAAAGUAUGGAGUCUAGUUUUCCCCUUAAUGCCAUUGAACCUUGUGUGAUUUGCCAGGGUCGACCUAAAAAUGGUUGCAUUGUCCAUGGCAAAACAGGACAUCUUAUGGCAUGCUUUACAUGUGCAAAGAAGUUAAAAAAAAGGAAUAAGCCCUGUCCAGUAUGUAGGCAACCAAUUCAAAUGAUUGUGCUAACUUAUUUCCCCUAGUUGAACUACCUGUAAAAACAGAAUUAUAUAUUAUAAGCCUGAAAAUUUAGACAUGAAAUUUAUUUUUAUUUUUUUAGGUGUAUCAAAGCAAGGUAAUACCUUACAUGUAGAUUUCUCCCAAUAGCGAUUAUUCCUUUUAGGAAAAUGCCUAUUCUGUUGCUAUUUUAUAUUUGGCUUUCAGUGUAAUUUAGAUUGGAUUUAGUACCUUUCAUGUAAAAAAAAAAGUUCCUGUGAAAGAUGUAAUAUUUAAAUUUUAGAUACUCAUAAACCUUCCAAUCCUUCAUUUCUGUAGUCUUUCGGAGAUGCUUAAAAUACAGUAAGCCGUAAAUACAGUAAGCCUAGCUGUGAAGAUUUGCAGCCUUGAAGUUGCGAACUUUGAAAGAGCCAAACAAGCAUUUCCAUGCUCAGCCACUGAGUUCUCGUGUCUUUUAUACAUUGUCACAUGCAUGCAUCCUCUGCGGCCGGUGCUUUUGUAUACUGUACACUACUGUGACAGUAUUUUUUAUUUCAAGCUCAGGAUGUCCAGAAGCAAGUGUAAAAGCAGGGGUGAUACAGUUGUUACUGCUGAGAAGCACCAAGUGAGAAGAAGGAAAUGGCAACCCACUCCAGUAAUCUUGCAGGGAAAAUGGACAGAAGAGCCUGGCAGGCUACAGGCUGUGGGGUCGCAAGAGUCAGACACAACUUAGCAACUAAACCAUCCACCACUACAAAGUGAAUAUAUGCCUAAAGAUAAUGUCUGAAAAGGGUAUUUGCUAUAUAUUACCUAAUUUUUUGGUGGGAGGGUGGGAGUCAAGGAAGACUUGGGGUUAUUUUUUCAUCAGCUUCCCUUUUAUACUUAUUUAUAAUGGUCAUUAUUUUUUACCAAUACUGUAAAACUAUGAAAAUAAAAUACUAAAAGUUUCAUAUAGCCAAGAAAAAAAAAAAGCACCAAGUGGUAACAGUGGACACGAAAGUGAAAACAGUUAAGAGAGUGGACUGACAAGAGGAAAAAAGUAGCUGACGGACCAAAAUGGUUCCCAACACAGGAAAUGGCAUGGGCUUUUCUUUGAGGAGUUACCGUUCGUUUUUGAGACACAGGAGCUAAAUGUAGAACAGUACACAAAACAAGGUCGCAGCAGCCAUUCAGAAUGCAGUCCAGUGUUACCAUGUUAUUUUGUGUUGAGAAAAAACAGCUACCACCCAGACAUCCCCUGGAUCGUUUUUCCAAGAGGGUAGACAGAAUUGAAUCUAGUAAGGAACCAGAACCUGUGCCGUCAGCGUGAGGCAUGAAUGCAAUUGCAGCUUGCUCUGUCUCCUGUUGCUGACCGUCCUUCAGCCCCAGCGUCUCCCACCCCUUCUCCCUCUAGUCAGUAACUCUUCUUGCCUAUUCACUUGGUGCCAAUCCCUGUGUACCAACUGAAUUGUACCAGUAUAGUGGAUUGCUGUAUUUUUUUUAAGGUACUGCUGUGUAAGAUAAAAAAUAUUUUAUUUUUUUGUGUUUUUCAUGUAUUAUUUGUGUGAAAAGUUAUAAACCUAUUACAGUAUA